CAGGAGCUGCAGCUGCCGCCGCCCGCGUCUUCGAGGGCUCACCGCUUCCUCACCAGACACCCGGGCUCGGCCGCCAUGUCCGCCGCGGACGAGGUCGAUGGGCUGGGCGUGGCCCGGCCGCACUAUGGCUCUGUUCUGGAUAAUGAGAGACUCACCGCAGAAGAAAUGGAUGAAAGGAGACGUCAGAAUGUGGCUUAUGAGUACCUUUGCCAUUUGGAGGAAGCAAAGAGGUGGAUGGAAGCAUGUCUUGGGGAAGACUUACCACCUACCACAGAACUGGAAGAGGGGCUGAGGAAUGGAGUCUACCUUGCCAAACUGGGAAACUUUUUUUCUCCUAAAGUGGUGUCCCUGAAAAAAAUCUAUGAUCGAGAGCAGACCAGAUACAAGGCAACUGGCCUUCACUUCAGACACACUGAUAACGUGAUUCAGUGGUUGAAUGCCAUGGAUGAGAUUGGAUUGCCUAAGAUUUUCUAUCCAGAAACCACAGAUAUUUAUGAUCGAAAGAACAUGCCAAGAUGUAUCUACUGUAUUCAUGCACUCAGUUUGUACCUGUUCAAACUUGGCCUAGCUCCUCAGAUUCAAGACCUUUAUGGAAAGGUUGACUUCACAGAAGAAGAAAUCAACAACAUGAAGAUCGAACUAGAGAAGUACGGAAUUCAGAUGCCUGCCUUCAGCAAGAUUGGGGGCAUUUUGGCUAAUGAGCUCUCAGUGGAUGAAGCUGCAUUACAUGCUGCUGUUAUCGCUAUUAAUGAAGCUAUUGACCGUAGAAUUCCAGCCGACACAUUUGCAGCUUUGAAAAAUCCCAAUGCCAUGCUUAUAAAUCUUGAAGAGCCCUUGGCUUCUACUUACCAGGAUAUACUUUACCAGGCUAAGCAUGACAAAAUGACAAAUGCUAAAAAUAGGACAGAAAACCCCGACAGAGAACGGGACGUUUAUGAGGAGCUGCUCACCCAAGCUGAAAUUCAAGGCAAUAUAAACAGAGUCAAUACAUUUUCUGCGUUAGCAAAUAUUGACCUGGCUUUAGAGCAGGCAGCUGUGUCAGCCCUGUUCAAGGCUCUGCAGUCACCAGCUCUGGGUCUGCGAGGGCUGCAGCAACAGAACAGCGACUGGUACUUGAAGCAGCUCCUCAGUGACAAGCAGCAGAAGAGACAGAACGGACAGACUGAUCCUCUGCAGAAGGAGGAGGUGCAGUCUGGAGUGGAUGCUGCAAACAGUGCUGCCCAACAGUAUCAGAGAAGAUUGGCAGCUGUGGCAGCAAUCAAUGCUGCGAUCCAGAAGGGUGUCGCUGAGAAGACUGUUCUGGAGCUAAUGAAUCCUGAAGCCCAACUGCCCCAGGUGUAUCCAUUUGCUGCCGAUCUUUAUCAGAAGGAGCUGGCUACUUUGCAGCAACAGAAUCUUGAACACAGCCUCACCCAUCCCGAGCUGUCGGUUGCCGUGGAGAUGCUGUCAUCUGUGGCCCUCAUCAACAGGGCUUUGGAGUCAGGAGACAUGAAUACAGUGUGGAAGCAGCUGAGCAGCUCAGUUACAGGCCUGACCAAUAUUGAGGAAGAAAACUGUCAGAGGUAUCUUGAUGAGCUGAUGAAACUGAAAGCUCAGGAACAUGCAAAAAACAAUGAAUUCAUUUCAUGGAAUGACAUCCAAGCUUGUGUGGACCAUGUGAACGUGGUGGUGCAAGAGGAGCAUGAGCGGAUAUUGGCCAUUAGUCUAAUUAAUGAAGCCCUGGAUGAAGGUGAUGCCCAAAAGACUUUGCAGGCCUUGCAGAUUCCUGCAGCCAAGCUUGAGGGUGUCGUUGCAGAAGUGGCCCAGCAUUACCAAGACACACUGAUCAGAGCAAAGAGAGAAAAGGCCCAGGAAACCCAGGAUGAAUCAGCUGUGUUGUGGUUGGAUGAAAUUCAAGGUGGAAUCUGGCAGUCCAACAAAGACACCCAAGAAGCACAGAAGUUUGCCUUGGGCAUCUUUGCCAUUAAUGAAGCUGUAGAAAGCGGUGAUGUUGGCAAAACACUGAGUGCCCUUCGUUCUCCUGAUGUUGGCUUAUAUGGAGUCAUUCCUGAAUGUGGCGAAACUUACCAGGGUGACCUUGCUGAAGCCAAGAAGAAAAGACUGGCAGCAGGAGACAGUAACAGCAAGUGGGUGAAGCACUGGGUGAAAGGCGGAUAUUAUUAUUACCAUAACCUGGAGACCCAGGAAGGAGGAUGGGAUGAACCCCCAGGUUUUGUGCAGAAUUCUAUGCAGCUUUCUCGGGAAGACAUCCAGAGUUCCAUCUCUGGGGUGACUGCUGCAUAUAACAGAGAGCAGCUUUGGCUGGCCAAUGAAGGUCUGAUCACCAAGUUGCAAGCCUGCUGCCGCGGGUACUUAGUUCGACGGGAAUUCCGAUCCAGGAUGGACUUCCUGAAGAAACAGAUCCCCGCCAUCUCCUGCAUUCAGUCACAGUGGAGAGGAUACAAGCAGAAGAAGGCAUAUCAAGAUCGUUUAGCUUACCUGCGCUCCCAUAAAGAUGAAGUUGUAAAGAUUCAGUCCCUGGCCAGGAUGCAUCAAGCUAGAAAGCGCUAUAGAGAUCGUCUGCAGUAUUUUCGAGACCAUAUAAAUGACAUUAUCAAAAUCCAGGCUUUCAUUCGGGCAAACAAAGCUCGUGAUGACUACAAGACUCUCAUAAAUGCUGAGGAUCCUCCUAUGAUUGUGGUUCGGAAGUUUGUCCACCUCCUGGACCAAAGUGACCAGGACUUUCAGGAGGAGCUUGAUCUCAUGAAGAUGCGGGAGGAAGUCAUCACCCUCAUCCGAUCCAACCAGCAGCUGGAGAAUGACCUAAAUCUCAUGGACAUCAAAAUUGGGCUGCUAGUGAAAAACAAGAUUACCCUGCAGGAUGUGGUUUCCCACAGUAAAAAGCUUACCAAGAAAAAUAAGGAACAAUUGUCUGAUAUGAUGAUGAUAAAUAAGCAGAAAGGAGGUCUCAAAGCCUUGAGCAAGGAAAAGAGAGAGAAAUUGGAAGCUUAUCAGCACCUGUUUUAUUUAUUACAAACCAAUCCCACCUAUCUGGCCAAGCUAAUCUUUCAGAUGCCUCAGAACAAGUCUACCAAGUUCAUGGACUCUGUCAUCUUCACACUGUACAACUAUGCAUCCAACCAGCGAGAGGAGUACCUGCUCCUGCGACUCUUUAAGACAGCACUUCAGGAGGAGAUCAAGUCAAAGGUGGAUCAGAUUCAGGAGAUUGUGACAGGAAAUCCUACAGUUAUUAAGAUGGUUGUGAGUUUCAACCGUGGUGCCCGGGGCCAGAAUGCCCUGAGGCAGAUCUUGGCCCCUGUCGUGAAGGAGAUUAUGGAUGACAAAUCUCUCAACAUCAAGACUGACCCUGUGGAUAUUUACAAAUCUUGGGUUAAUCAGAUGGAGUCUCAGACAGGAGAGGCAAGCAAACUGCCCUAUGACGUAACCCCUGAGCAGGCUCUGGCCCAUGAAGAAGUGAAGACCCGGCUAGACAAUUCCAUCAGGAACAUGAGGGCUGUAACAGACAAGUUCCUGUCAGCUAUCAUCAGCUCUGUGGACAAAAUCCCUUAUGGGAUGCGUUUCAUUGCCAAAGUGCUAAAGGACUCGUUGCAUGAGAAGUUCCCUGAUGCUGGUGAGGACGAGCUGCUGAAGAUCAUUGGUAACUUGCUUUACUACCGAUACAUGAACCCAGCCAUUGUUGCUCCUGAUGCCUUUGACAUUAUAGACCUGUCAGCCGGGGGCCAGCUUACCACAGACCAGCGGCGAAACCUGGGCUCCAUUGCGAAGAUGCUUCAGCAUGCAGCUUCCAAUAAGAUGUUUCUGGGUGACAAUGCCCACUUAAGCAUCAUUAAUGAGUAUCUUUCUCAGUCCUACCAGAAAUUCAGACGGUUUUUCCAAACUGCUUGUGAUGUUCCAGAGCUCCAGGAUAAAUUUAACGUGGAUGAGUACUCUGAUUUAGUAACCCUCACCAAGCCAGUGAUCUACAUCUCCAUUGGUGAAAUCAUCAACACCCACACCCUCCUGUUAGACCACCAGGAUGCCAUUGCUCCAGAGCACAAUGACCCAAUCCACGAGCUACUGGAUGACCUUGGCGAGGUGCCCACCAUUGAGUCCCUGAUAGGGGAAAGUUGUGGCAAUUUAAAUGACUCCAGUAAGGAGGCACUAGCUAAGACAGAAGUAUCUCUCACAUUGACCAACAAGUUUGACGUGCCUGGGGAUGAGAAUUCAGAGAUGGAUGCUCGGACCAUCUUACUGAACACAAAACGUUUAAUUGUGGAUGUCAUCCGGUUCCAGCCAGGAGAGACCUUGUCUGAAAUCCUAGAAACACCAGCCACCAGUGAACAGGAAGCAGAACAUCAAAGGGCCAUGCAGAGACGUGCUAUCCGGGAUGCUAAAACUCCUGACAAGAUGAAGAAGUCAGCAUCUGUGAAGGAAGAGAAUAACCUCAGCCUCCAGGAGAAGAAGGAAAAGAUACAAUCAGGCUUAAAGAAGCUGACAGAGCUUGGGGCUGUGGACCCAAAGAACAGAUACCAGGAACUGAUCAAUGACAUUGCCAAGGACAUCCGUAACCAGCGGAGAUACCGACAGAGAAGGAAAGCCGAACUGGUGAAACUGCAGCAAACCUACUCAGCUCUGAACUCUAAGGCCACCUUCUAUGGAGAGCAGGUGGACUACUACAAAAGCUACAUCAAAACCUGCUUGGAUAACUUAGCCAGCAAGGGCAAGGUCUCAAAAAAGCCAAGGGAAAUGAAAGGAAAGAAAAGCAAAAAGAUUUCCCUGAAAUAUACAGCAGCAAGACUGCAUGAAAAAGGAGUCCUUUUGGAAAUUGAGGACCUGCAAGUGAACCAGUUUAAAAAUGUUAUCUUUGAAAUCGGUCCAACAGAAGAAGUUGGAGACUUUGAAGUGAAAGCCAAAUUCAUGGGAGUUCAAAUGGAGACUUUCAUGUUACAUUAUCAGGACCUGCUGCAGCUACAAUAUGAAGGAGUUGCAGUCAUGAAAUUAUUUGAUAGAGCUAAAGUAAAUGUCAACCUCUUGAUCUUCCUUCUCAACAAAAAGUUCUAUGGGAAGUAAUGGGUCAUCUGCUGCCAGCCCAGAAGAAGGCUUGGAAGAUACACUUCACAGCCUCUGGAGGGUCCUCCUUUACUCCUUGGAAGCAAAGACCAGCUCAGCUGGUGCCUCAGUCAGAUACACUCCCAGUGCUCCAUUUUUAAUCCCUCUCCCUCUGACAGGACAUUGUUUUACCUUUUUUCAUAUGAAAUUAUAUAUGCCAGGCUUAGUCUGACCCCUGCUUCCUUCAUCGUUCUUCAUCAUUUAGGAAAGAGUGGAAGCCCCGCCAGUCCCAGACUCUCUUACAGUCUUUGAAGCGGUAUUACUGUUUUGUAAGCUUUGGUGUUUGUUUUGCUUAGCAAUAAGGAUAGGAGGAUUUAAAUUCAUGUUUAGAAAUGAAAGCUAUUGGCACCAAUAACAUACAUGCACAUAAGAUUCACAAUUAAAAUGCCAAGUUUUCAAAAGUGUAGCUCCUUUAUAUUUUUGGUCCAUCAGUGAAAUCGAAGGAUAACAAAGGUCUUUAUUUCUCUUCCAUUCUGUCAUCUUUGUGGACAGAGUUUGUGCAAGUUCUGUGUUCAAAUGGAGCGGUUUUAGAAAACAAGGAGAUAGUGCUUUUAACCUUGACGGUCAGAUAUGGACAGUGCUGUUACUGUAGUGCCCUCCCUAGUUGAUGAGAAUUCCACUGAUAACAUUCCGCUCUUGAGGUAAAUUCAGAGUGGGCCGCGGAGUUGUCCUGUUCAAACCAGGCCUCAGAGGUGGAUGGGAUUCCCAGAGACUGUCCACUCCAUCCUUCGACAAAGGAAUGGUUUGCCCUAGUGUAGAAUGUAACUUCCCAAAAUUGUUUGUGUCUUAAAAGUGCCUUAUUAAAGCGUAGAUUUAUUUCUUAAAAUGUGAGUGAUAGGAAUUUUUAAAAAAUUUAUGUAAUGCUUUAGAAUACUCUUGAGAAAGGUUUUUUUUUUUUUUUAAUUGGUUUAUCUGUAUAUCUGAACUCUUGAACAUUUCCUUUAGCUGAAACACUAGGAUUUAUCUGCAGGAUUGCAGAGACUCCUGCCUUAAAUAGUUAAAACAACAGCCAGCCCAUGUAUAUGCUUAAGAUGAAAAUCAAUUUUUCCCACCUAUUCAUCUCUUGCUGCCAACAAUCAUGUCUUUAUAAACCCCAAAUAUUUAGGCUUGGUUUUUUUUUUUGUUUGUUUGUUUGUUUGUUUUUUUAAAGAAAGCUCAAUUUUAAAUAUUGAAUUUAGAAACUUUGCCCUUGGAUAAAAAGUCAUAAACUUUUUUCUAAAUGUUUUUCAAAAAAAACAGGUAAAUCAUGCUACUGAGCUUCUAGUUUCUCUGUUUUGGUUCAGUAUUGUUUUAUUAUGAAACAUGAAAGUUAAAUUGAAAAGUUUACUCAUGUACAUUGGAGGCCAGUUAACCAUUUAAAUUAAUAAAUUAUGUGGUGUGUCCCUAUUACAAAUGUAAGUUUCAGAAAAGUAUCUUUCAUGAUUGGUAAUGUGGCCAAGUCAAUGGGUACAGCCCACAGGGAGUGUGGGUACCGGGAGGCAUGGGUGCCAUGGGAGGACUUGCCUGUACACUAAAAAAAAACUUGCUUUUUAAUGAGUUUUGGAACACGGUUUUUUGGUAAAUAUUUUCUUCAAAUAAAAGCCAAAUGCUAAAACCUGAGGUGGUAGGAUACACAGGUUUCAGGCACUUGACAGGCUGAGACAGAGGCUAGGUCAAGGCCAACUUGGGCUAGAUAGACAUACUCUGUCUAAAUAAAAGUAGAAUUCGUUAGAACCACCAUCACCUGAAAGACUGAGACUGACAAAAGUGUGUUAACUAUGUCUUCUUGAAAGAGCAUACCCAUCUCAAAUGCUUGUCCCAAAGGCCACCUCCAAGACAAUAAAGUUUACAGCACCUUUACUAAGAUGUUUCAAUUAUUUAGAAGGAUGCCCAGAACACAGCUUCUAAUGCAGAAUAGCACCAAACGCUCUUCAGGAAUUUUGAUUGAUGAAUGCAGAACUGUUUUAAAGGCAGAGAUUGCCCAGCACACCUCAAGUCCUGGCAUCAGAGCCAUGUUGUGCUUGCUUUAUUUAUUAGCUGUAGCAGUCUCUGUCUCAUCUCAUCCUCCUCUCUCCUGCUCCUUGGCCAGCCGUCAUGACAUUUACCAUGAAUUCAUUUCCUCCCAAGAAUCGGGUCUGCCCGUGGGCUUGUUGUUACACACAGUUGCCUUUGUAUCUCUAGAUGAAAUAAAAGGUCAUUUGUU